UUAUCCCUUCCCGCUGGUUCCUCCUUGUUUAUCCACCUGAGCUUCGAUAGCAAGAGUUCGCGUUAGGGCAGUGACCACGUAGUUCAACAAAAUGGCAAUUUCCGUAUCUUCCCUCGCGGCUUCCUUCUCAUCUCUCUCGUUCUCUUCCCAUAUUUCCCAGAAACAGCACAGCCUCUCUUUUGGAAGAACCCAAUCCAUCUCAAUCUUCCACGUGUCCCGAAUCCCCCAGCUGGUUGCAUCCGCCGCUGUCGCAUCUCCGGCGGAAUUGGAAACUGCUGACCUGAAGAAGUACGUAAAAUCGAGGCUUCCCGGAGGUUUCGCUGGUCAAACCAUCAUAGGCACUGGUCGCCGGAAAAGCGCCGUUGCUCGGGUUGUUCUGCAGGAAGGAACUGGCAAAUUCAUUAUCAAUUACCGUGACGCUAAGGAAUAUCUUCAGGGAAAUCCAUUGUGGCUUCAGUACAUUAGGGUCCCAUUAAUAACUCUGGGAUAUGAAAAUAGUUAUGAUGUUUUUGUCAAAGCUCAGGGCGGUGGCCUGUCUGGUCAGGCUCAAGCAAUCUCCCUUGGCAUUGCUCGGGCCUUGCUAAAGGUGAGUGAAGAUCACAGAUCACCUCUGAGACAGGAAGGGCUCUUGACCAGGGAUUCAAGAGUGGUUGAGAGGAAGAAAGCGGGUCUGAAGAAAGCUCGUAAAGCUCCCCAGUUUUCAAAACGUUAAGGGUCAAAUGAAGUUUACCUUCAAGCUGGAAGUCAGAUUUUUCUAAUAGCUACUCUCCCCUUUGUCAAUCAAGCCUCAGCAAUGAUGUCACAAGAUGAAGAGCAAUGUUUGAUUAGUUCUACACCUCUAUGUGUUUGGAGACUCAGCUAUUAUAGCUAGCAGAGGUAACAAAGGUGGAAGAGGCGGAAAAAAACGUGACAUUAGUUGGCUGUUUGGUUUUUA